GCCUAUGGUAUAGGUGAGGCCACAUAUUUGACCAACUGCCAUCAAUUUCCUUCAGUUAGACGUGUAAACAUCUGUUUCUCGGAAUCGAUCGGGCGCCGUAUAUGAGGUUUGGUUGAAACUUGAAAGCAUACAUUGCAGUUCAAACUCCAAACCGUGGUUGUUUUCGAAUACCGGAUCACCGGAGGUCGAGGGUAAAGAGGAGAACAUGGCGGCGGAAUCAAACAGUAUAGAAGUGAGUGGCAUGCAAUUCGGGUACGAUCUCCAAACGCCCCUGUUCUUCGAUUUCAGCCUUAAGGUUCCUCCAGGAUCUCGGUGCCUGCUCGUCGGCGCUAAUGGAACCGGGAAGACGACUUUGCUCAGAAUUUUGGCGGGGAAGCAUAUGGUGGGUGGAAGAGAUGUCGUCCGGGUUCUGAAUUCUUCCGCUUUUCAUGAUACGCGCCUUGUUUGUAGUGGCGACCUGGCAUAUCUGGGCGAAUCUUGGAGUAAAAAUGUUGGCUCGGCUGGUGAAAUCCCACUCCAGGGAGACUUCUCAGCUGAGCAUAUGAUAUUUGGAGUUGAAGGAGUGGAUCCUAUUAGGAGAGAGAAGCUGAUUGAGCUGCUAGACAUAGAUCUGCAGUGGCGGAUGCACAAGGUGUCUGAUGGUCAGCGUCGUAGAGUCCAGAUCUGUAUGGGAAUUCUUCAUCCCUACAAGGUUCUUUUGCUUGAUGAGGUUACUGUUGACCUAGAUGUUGUUGCGAGGAUGGAUUUACUUGACUUUUUUAAGGAGGAAUGUGAACAGAGGGGGGCAACAAUAGUAUAUGCAACACACAUAUUUGAUGGACUAGAAACUUGGGCAACAGACUUAGUCUACAUCCAAGAUGGUGUUUUGAGGAGGUCUGAGAAGCUUUCAGAACUCGCUGAAUUGAAGACUUGUCCCAAUUUGCUAUCAGUGGUGGAGAAAUGGCUCCGGUCCGAGACCCCUAUAGAGAAAAAGAAAACCGAGAUCGACCACCCAGCUGGUGCACCUAAGAAAUCGUCCCCUUUUGAUGCUUCUCCCUUUCGCUCAUCUAGACACAUGGCUUAUUAUCGUUGAUGGCUACCAGUUGAACGUCUAUAAUGCAACAUGAGCAUAUCUUCUUGUUCAGGGAAAACACAAGGAAAUAAUGCAAACGAAUGAAGAUAUCAUAUUUCUUUGGAAAUGUCUGGAUCUCAACAAAUGCUAGGGGAAGGAAGUAAAUAUACUAAGGCACUGUUCGAUACCAAUUUUUUAAAUUAGAAACAAAGUUCAGAAAAUCAAAAGGAGUUGUUUUCAGUUUUUGGUGUUGCCAAUUUUCAAAAUUAGCAUGAUCAUUUUAAGCAUGAUAGUAUUACAUGUUCAUUCAUUAUACGGCAUAUGUCAUAUACCUUUUAAAGUCUAUAUUUUCUUCUGUGUAUUUUAAAUGGAAGCUGAAAUUUAAAUUUUUUGAAGUGAUUUUUUCUGGUUUUUAAAUUUACAAUGUCAAGGAAAAAGAAACUAUCAUCUUUCCCAUAUAAAAUUACAUCUUUACUUUGUUUCCCUAGCAUUUUCCACGAAACAAACAGACCCUUGAGUUUUGAAACCAAACCGCCUCUGGGUGGAUUUAUUCACGUUAUUUCCUCGUGUUUUUCAUACGUAGUAUAUGGGAGGAUUUACUCCAAUCACAUAAUAAAGGUCUGUGAAGGCGCUAGGCAGGGGAUCUCCGGGUCUGGUUUGUAAUAAGGUAUUGUUUGGUUGAUUUGCCUAAAAUGAAUUUCAGGAAUUUGUAUACCAUCUACCAACACCGAGUGCAAUUCUUGUAAGGUUUUAUGAAAUUCAUUCCACAUUGUACUCAUUCAUGAUUACUGCUAUGAGUGCAUGUAUGGAGAAAUGGUCUGGUUCAUCCGGACUGACAGGAAUAGUUGUUUGACCAUCGGACCAUGCCCGUUUGAGGGCUUUUUGGGUCGAAUUGUUUGAUGAAAUGUAGAACAUUCACA